CAGCGGAUCUGCUACAUUGGCCACUAAUGGGGCAUCCGCCACCAUGGAAGUGGGUCUAACUAGAACUGCUGAUGGACGACUAGAAGCCGCCAUGAGGAACUGCAAGGUUUCAACCGACCAACUUCAGAUUGUUGGAACGGGUUUACCCAGGAUCGCUGAGGGGGCAUUGGAAAAACUUUUAAUCUACCUGGUCUGCACUCUAAUCAAUCAAAAAGGCAUAUCUGCGCUCAACAGCUACCUGAGCACAGCUCCAAUGGUAGCAGACGUCUUCCCAGACCUUGGCAUCAAGCUUGACUAUUCCCUAACCAGAGACAUCCAAGUCACAACCCAAAGCCUGGACAUGUCUUUCAAAGGCCAGGCAUACGUGCAAAACCAGCCGCCUCUCAUGGAGAAAGGUGGCGUGGAGCCUGUUUUCAAAGAGAACAACAUGAUGGCUUAUGUGGGCAUCACUGAGUUUUUCUUCAGUUCUGCAGCCAGAUCAUUUUACGACGCUGGGAUCAUGAGCAAGAAGUUCGAGAUCAAAUCGAAAAUUGGAAAGGCCGCUUUAAGAAUCAUCCAGUUUUUCACACAACCGUGGAACCUGAGAGAAUCUCUUCAAACUGAAUUGAAACUCAUCGAGGCACCAACUAUCAAGAUCACCCAGGCUGAUGGCAUCAUCUUUAACAUAAGGGUGGCGGGAUCAGUCAUCUCUUCAGGAAGUAGAAAGCCCACUGUCCUCUCCUUAUCUGUGGUCUGUCCUGGAAGUAUGAUGAUAACCAUUGAAGGAGAUCGCCUUUUUUUGCCUUCUAAAGACUUCAACUGUCAAGUUGAAUCUAAAUCUGUAUUUAAUAAGAAGCUGAAUAAGAAGAUCAACAAAAAAAUCCAAGAGUUCCUGUCAGAUUGGUUUGGUGAGGGAUGGAAGAUUCCUUUUCCGGAAGGAAUGAACUUCAUCCAGGGAACCGUACAAUAUCAGAAUGGCUUCGUAGUGGUGGGAGGAGACCUGCGCUUUACUCCAGCUGGGAGGGAGAAAGUGUUUAAAAAGAUCAUUUCUGGGACAUAAACAAGGAAAAGAACCUUCUGAAUGUCACUGAAUACCACAGCUUUGUUCAGAAAUAAAAACCUUCAGCAUCUCAGAGUUUUCUAUC